AUGUCGCAUCACGAGCAGAUCCGGCCGCGUGUGGCCGACAUGCGCGAUAUGGACGGCGACCAGCCGUGGGUCGACUGGCCUCCUGCGGCGCGAGCUGUGCGCACGAAGCCACCCGCGGUGAGUCGUCCGGGCGAGACCCCUCGUGAAGAGGCAGCUGCGCCCCGCCCCAUCAUGGGGGAGAUCCGCGAGCGCGACUCGUCCAGUGGCCAUUCGCAUCCCGCGCCUCCAGGUAAACGUAUCUCGGCGUUUCGCCGAUCGCGCAUGGAGCGUGCAGCAGCGCCUCACACGCCUCAGGUAGCGCACCCCGUGCCGCCAUGCCCCCGCGACCCUUCGCGCGAUCCUGGCGGUGGCGCUGCGCCAGAGGCCAUGACCUCUUUGCUGCAGGAUAUCAGCCACGAAAACGAGGAGCGCAUCGCAUCCAUGAGCUACGAGACGCGAGCUGAAGAGCUGCGCGAUGCCGAAGCGUUCUUCGGCCAAGAUACCCUCGCGAAACUCGCCGAGCGCAUGGAGCAGUCCAUGCCGACGAAUCGCGGAUGGCCUGCGCUGGAGCGCCGCGCUGUCGACCUGGAUGCGCCGCCACCUGCUAUGCAGAAAAAAGAGCACGACGAGCGUGAUGCAUGGGAAUCGUUCCGUCGGCAAUACUUCCCCGACGAGCCCGACGCCGUGCCGCCGGCGCUCGCAUGGACCGUCACGGCAUCGGCGCCGUCCGGUGACAGUGUGCGCUUUGAUUUCGAGGGACGUGUCACGACAGACACGGCGCAGCGCGAUGCCGAGGCACCUGAUGAGACGUACCUCGCGGGUCUGCACCACCAUGGCCAAGAGCAAAAUGUGCCUGGCUACACCCUGGAGGAGCUGUUGCAUCUCGCGCGCAGCUCCGUCGCAUCGCAACGCGUGCUGGCUCUUCAAGUCUUGCAGCGCAUUUGCACAGCACCGUCUUCGCCCUCAGCUGAUCGCGUACUCACCGCGGACGGCUCGGCGAUGCGAGGACGCAUUGUGCUCAGUGCUGUGUGGCUCCUGCAUGAUCGGCACAAGAGUGUGCGCACAGCGGCUGGUCAGUGUCUUGAUGCCGCAUGCAAGGCGCUCAGCGUCGUGCCUCACGACGUGUUUGUCGCGGCGGCUAUGCCGACGAGCGCGGACGCCGAGCUCGACAUGCUCUGGCACGACGCGGCAUGGACGCCGUACGCUCGCGCGCCUCACUUUCAUGCCCAGGACGCCUCGCAUCUCGAACUCGCACAGCGCCACUGGCCCCAUGCGCUGCGCCAAUCGCAUGUUCUUCGUGCGCUUGACAUGUGGCUCGAAGAUCAUGCGGCCGACACGAUCGUGUCCCUCCUGCACGCCCUCGUCAUGCACGAUGCGACAAGCGCCAAGGACCUCGUACAGUAUCCCCGACUGCUGCAUGUCGUCGUGCAGCUGGGUGCGACGAAGCGUCCUUGGCCCCUCGUCGACGCGCCCUACCCGUCGUGCGAGGCCUUGCUGGUGCUAUGGCGCGUGAUCCAAUCAGACCGUCGCACAGCGCAGUCACUUUGGGAGCAAGGCGCCGUGGAUCCCCUGCUGCGCUACGUGCUGAUGCCACCGUGCGACAGCACUUCGUCGUCGCCCGACGCGCGCGAGCAUGAGCAGGCUCUCCUCUACUUGACCCUGCGCAUUCUCACAUCGCUCGGCCGCUAUGGCGUAGGAAGCACGAGCGUGCGUGAAGUCGCCCCUGCCAUACCACGCCUCGCUCAGUGGUCCAUCUCUGCUGCCUCAGCACUCCCUAUGAACGAUGCCGCAUGGCACACGAUCCGAGCAUUGUACGAAAUGCUCGAGGUAUGGACGCGCGCUGCGCACAAAGGCUCACACCACGGUGACUUGGGCCUGAAUGAGCCCAUCGUUCACGCCUGGGCUCCAUACCCACAGGCCUUGUUAGAGCGCCUGCCUCCCACCCCCCUGUCGCCUGUGUGCCUCAGCGCGUACGGCGCAGCCAUCUUGCACCUCGCUGCAUGGACGCAGAGCGCCUCACAGUGGCGUCAUCAAGCUCGCGUGCAGGUGACCGUGUCAGAGCGCCUGGUCCAGGAAGUGUCCACGCAAGUGACGCGCGUGUCCUCUCUGCUGACGACGGCACAGGUACGCGAGGUGCGCCGCGCUUCUUCUGACCUUGCCUACAUCGCGUCCGUGCUCGGCGGUCUCGUGCGACUGGCCCCCAGCGCGUCUCUCGACACAUGGUGCGAACGAGUCCUCGAUCUGCCUCUCGGGGUCAUGGCCACACCGGCUGUCCGUGCCGACGGUCUCUCCAUGCCUCAACUCCUGCAUGUCCUCGCGAUGUGCUCCUGCAGCGCGGCUCCCGCUGUCCAAGUCCGCCUUCUCUCCUGGCUUCCUCCGUGCGAAGUGGCGUACGCCGAACGCUGCCUUGAAAGCCUCGUGCGUGCCCUGGACGCUUCUGCCUGGACCGUGCUUAUGCCAUUCUUCCGCGAUGCCCUUCGUUACGACCAGCGACCUCCGUCCAUGAUCGAAGCCGAGGCGCACGCUGAGACCCUCUGCAUGCCCCACGUGCUUCCACCGCAAGACGUGUCGGAUCCACAGACGGGCGCGACGCUGCGAUCGAGCCCCGUAUCGGGCCUGCCACUCCGUCGCGACUGGCCCCUGUUGGUGCUGGAUGACCUCUUACACAGCAGCGAUGCACGUGCCUUGAAUGCACCCGAUGCUCUGCCGGCGUCCUGGGACUUUACAGAAAUGGACAUGGUACGUGCUGCUCUGCAACUGGCCGUGCCCAUCGCGUCGCUACGUGCCGCGCCAAGCGCAUUUUGGUGGCUGGGUAUCUACAAAGUGUUUUUGUUGGAACAGGCAGCGCCUGCGACAGACGAGGCGUCCGGCGCCGUAACAGGACGCGACUUGUACAUGGAUGCCACGGUGGCUCAUGCGCUGCGGGCGCUCAUGGACAAGGCAGACGACAUGAGUCACAGCGCCGAGCCCACACUGGAGGAGGCCACGUCCGUCACGCAUGCAGGCAGCAUGCCUUUUUACCAGGUGUACACCGACCUCAUGGGACUCUACGACGCCGUGUCCAUGCACCAUCCGUUGUUCGCACGUGCCUUGAUUCCGCCCUUGGCGAUGGUAUAUGCACCAGACUACCGCCGGCUGCUGUGGAACGACUAUGCGGCCCUGCUGCGUGGCAUUACCAUCGAUACACACGACGUGCCCGUCGUGCGUGGUCAGCGCCUGGAGGCGUACUUGUGGCCGUGCGAGUCUGAUGAGAUCGUGCUGGUUCGGUACGUCGACGCAUUGGUUCAGCGCCUCGUGACUCCCGCACAGCCCUUCCUGUACGCUGUUGCCUUACACCACAUAAGCGCUGCAUUCUGGAGCGCCCACGAAGACGGCUGGGGCGAUGUCAGCAUACCGCCCGCUUUGGCACAGUCCAUGGCACGUCGCGUCUUCACCGCCGAAGCCGGCAACCACGUCUUGACAUAUGCGCCUCACGAUGCACACGUCUACUCGCCAGAUACGCGCCAGGCCAUGCGUGCCCAGUGGCUCGACACUAAGUAG